CGGAUAUAGUGAAUGCGGGGUCCGGGGAGAUCGGAUAUAGUGAAUGCGGGGUCCGGGGAGACCGGAUAUAGUGAAUGCAGGGGUCCGGGGAGAGCGGAUAUAGUGAAUGCAGGGUCCGGGGAGAGCGGAUAUAGUGAAUGCAGGGUCCGGGGAGAGCGGAUAUAGUGAAUGCAGGGUCCGGGGAGACCAGAUAUAGUGAAUGCAGGGGUCCGGGGAAAGCGGAUAUAGUGAAUGCAGGGUCCGGGGAGAGCGGAUAUAGUGAAUGCGGGGUCCGUGGAGACCGGAUAUAGUGAAUGCGGGGUCCGGGGAGAGCGGAUAUAGUGAAUGCAGGGUCCGGGGAGA